CAAUCGCUUCUCUUCGAUAAAACGUUCCCGCUCUAUAAACAAGAACUAGAAAAGGAAAAACUAUUUUCAGAUUACGAACAAGAAAUUCAGAGAAGGAGAAAGCUAUAGAGAAAAGAUGGCGGUGGAGACUGUAGCUCCUGCACCCUUGCCAACACCGGCAACCGCACCCACUGGAACUCCCACAGAGAUAUCUGUCGCUGCUCAGGCACAGCAGAAGAAGAAUAGGAUUCAAGUGUCCAACACCAAGAAGCCACUCUUCUUUUAUGUCAAUCUCGCUAAGAGGUAUAUACAGCAACAUAACGAGGUUGAGCUUUCUGCCUUGGGCAUGGCGAUCACCACCGUUGUCACAAUUGCUGAGAUAUUGAAGAACACUGGAUUAGCCACCGAGAAGAAAGUUUUGACAUCCACAGUAGGCAUGAAAGAUGAAAACAAAGGAAGACUGGUUCAGAAGGCAAAGAUCGAAAUAGUGUUGGGGAAGUCUGAGAAAUUUGACAGUCUGAUGCUUGCUGCAAAUACAACCCCAGAGGAGGACUCCAAAGACAAGGACGAGGAGACACUAAGGAGCAGCAAUGCCUGAUAUCAAUCCCUGUAGUUAUAAAUCCACAACCCCCCUCCCCCUUCCCCUUUGUUCUGCCUAACAGUGAUAAGUAGGAAGGAUAUACAGAUUGGUGUUUUUUUUUUCCCUCAAAAUGGUUAUGGCAUAAUGGAGCCAGUUGCACUUUAUAUGCACCUCUCUACAACUCUCAGAGUUGUUAAACUGUUUCUUUCUGCAUAUAUAUCGUUUAUGCUUACUGCACUUAAGUGCCUAAUUAUAAGGAAAUUUUACCUUAUUUUUUACAAA